AAACAAAAAUUGCAAAUUUUCUUACCUUUCGGCCUUCGGGUGCCUUUGGGUCUUUGCCUAGCUAUAACCAUCCAGCAUGAAUCAUUGCUGCAUUGAGAAGUCACAGAGCAUGGGGAAAAGGAGGACGCCGACGCUUCAAUCAACAAUAUUAUCGCAUUCCAUCUCAAAACUUAAUCCAGGUAACCAUUGAUUCAGUUUUUUCGGCAAUCAAAGCAAAUGUUUCGUUUAAUUUCCGUAAAGCUGCCCCAACAAUUAAGGCGCAGAGCUUCACCAAUCUGCCAUGGCCACUUAUUCUCAACCUCCUCUCUCAAGCCCAUCUCAGACCCCCCUAAUUCCACGGACCCAAAAUCUCUUACAGUUUCCUUCCUCCGAGACUCGUGUGGGUUGUCCUUAGAAUUGGCCACUUCAGCUUCCAAGAAGCUCAACAUUGAGAACGUAGAGAAUCCCAACUCCGUUCUGAAUCUGUUGAGAACUCACGGUUUGACGCAGAACCACAUCAUGCACUUAAUUAGUAGUCGUCCAUUAUUGCUUUCGGCCGAUUUAGGCAAUACCCUUAAGCCCAACAUGGAGUUGUUUAAAUCCUUAGGGUUCUCUGGCGCUAACCUCGCCAAAAUGCUCACCAGAUACCCAAAUUUGCUAGUGAGUGAUGCAUACACUGCUUUUGACUUUUUUAGAGCACAUGGUUUUAGUGAUAAGCAAAUAAAAACUUUGACUAUGAAGUGUCCCGAACUUUAUGUGUAUAAUGCUCAAAAGAUUCUUCAGCCAAAGUUGGAGUUUUUCAAAUCGUUAGGUCUUUCAGAUCUUGAAAUUACAAAGCUUUUAUCCGUAGACCCGUAUAUUCUAACAAGGAGCCUCGAAAAACAAAUAAUUCCGUGUAUUCAAGAGCUUAGGCGGUUUCUCGGAACUGACGAGAAUGUCUUAAAGGCUAUAAGGAGAUGUUAUGGAGUAAUUCAAUCAGACGUGGUGCAUAUAUUACAGCCCAACAUCAAUAAGUUGAUAAGCCAUGGUGUUCCCCAGUCAUUAGUUUUGAAACUCUUCUUUAUAAGACCAUUGUCACUAAAUAGUAUCUGUGGCAAUCGGUUUAGUGAGAUUGUUAAUGAAGUUAUGAAAUUGGGUUUUGAUCCCAAUUGUCUGAAAUUUGUUCUAGCCAUCGUGUCCAUGUCACUAAAUGGUAAAACACUAUGGGAGCAGAAGGUGGAAGCUUUUAGAAGUUUUGGUUUGUCAGACGAUGAUAUUUGUUCAGCAUUCAAGCGGCAACCCUUGUGUAUGGCUAUUUCGGAGAAGAAGAUCAAGAAAAUGAUGGGUUUCUUUGUGAAUAAACUGAAGAUGAAGCCUUCGAAGAUCUCCAAGAAUCCGAAUCUUCUACUGCUUAGCUUGGAGAAGCGGAUUAUUCCGAGGUGUUCAGUUCUGCAACUUUUGAUGCUGGAGGGUUUGAUCAAGGAAGAUACUAGCAUCUUUUAUAUAGUCAAAAUGACUGAGAAGAACUUCAUGAAGAAAUUUGUGAGCAAGUAUCAAAAUGAGGUUCCUGAUGUUGUUAGAGCACACCAAGGGAAGAUAGAAUUUCAAGGGCUCCCCAUAGCCAUGGAAAUGUGACUACUUUGGAUAUAAUCAAAUGCGGGAUUGCCUAAAGAUCAUGAGUUCAGGUUUAGUUCAACAUGUCUGCAGUUGGACGUUUCUUCGUCUCAGGAAUUUGUAGGGUAAAACAUUUUGAGGAGUUGUUUCAGCAACUUUUUAUGGUGAUCUAUCUGUGUUGUUCAGUUUAGGAGAAGCAAACCCUGGCCUUAUUUGUUAGAGCAUUUCAAAUGUUGAGGCAUUCUGGUAUGUUUAGGUGUGGGAAGACUGUAUGGCCUCAUGAUCACAUAAAAUCUUUAUGUUUGUUUCUCUUUAGAUCUAAUGUUAAAUCCACAAAUCCAAGCUUCAACUUGGAGUUGAAGUCAGUGAUCGCCCUGAUUGGAGUGGGAGUCCAUUGAUUUAGAGUCGGAUUCCAACUCCGAGUCAAGUCUAACUCCAAUUCAGUUCCAAACAAUCUGUUCGGGCAUGAAGUCGGAGUUGCUACUGGAAGUUAGGUUUUUGACCCUUUUUUCCUGCACUUUAUCAGCGCCCAAAUAGAAAAAGAAUAGUCAAAUUAGACAAAAAUACAACCUAAGAAUCUCUCAAAUACCCCAGAUUUGUCAUCACACACAACA